AUGUUGUUAGGGAAGCGUCCCCGCCCUCCGAUGAGGAGGACAACAAGCAUGACUGGGAUCACCGUUGAUCUGAACAACGUGGAAGGCGAGGAACCGACGGAUGUGCAUGCAGCAGCAGCAGCAGCAGAGAUGGUGGUGGGCCCACAACCAGGGCCUGCUGCUGCUGUUAAUAAUAAUAAUAAUAAUAUUGAGAGCAUGGACAUGAAGAACAACUUUGGGUACCAUGAACAGCACCGUUUCCUGGCCAUGUUGUCUCCCAGAAACAACCACCGAACAAACUCGGCUGCUCAGGACGUCGUUGAGACCGCUCACUUUCUCCGCACGUGCGGCCUCUGCAAACGCCACUUGGCUUCAGGCCGUGACAUCUACAUGUAUAGGGGAGACACCGCAUUUUGUAGCCUAGAAUGCAGAGAGCAACAGAUGAAGCAAGAUGAGAGAGUAGAGAAGUGUAAGGCCGCGUCCUCAAAGAAGGACGACCGCCACGCCUCGCGAUCCACCUCGACCAACUCCAAGGCUUCCGGUAAGAGCCAGACGGUGGCUGCCGCCUAA